UCAGCAUUGGUCCACGUGGUGAUGUGAGGGAGCGAGUUGAGAUGACGAGGAUGCAGGUUUAUUUAUUUAUAUACGACUGACUUAUUUAAAGGAAUUAGAGAGGCCAUCUGAUGAGCAGUAGAAAAUUGGAAGCAGGAACACAAAUCCCAGUCCAGGUUCCAUGGCGGUGAAGGUCAUUAGCGCGGGCCAGUUCUCGAGCAUUCCUGUGAGUUACAUUCGUCCGGAAUCCGACAGGCCGAAACUGUUUGAAGUUGCUGAUUGCAACAACAUUCCCGUUAUCGACUUGGGUUGCAAAGACAGGAGCCUAAUAGUCAGACAGAUAGGCGAUGCCUGUCGAGAAUACGGCUUCUUCCAGGUGAUUAAUCAUGGAGUGUCCAAGGCAGCAACGGACAAGAUCCUAGGAGUGGCUCAUGAGUUCUUUGGUUUGCCGGUGGAGGAGAAGAUGAAGUUGUACUCGGAUGACCCGUCCAGAACGACCCGAUUGUCGACAAGCUUCAAUGUGAGGAAGGAGACUGUGAACAACUGGAGGGAUUAUCUCAGGCUGCAUUGCUAUCCCUUGGACAAAUAUGUGCCGGAGUGGCCCUCCACACCCUCUUCUUUCAAGGAUAUCGUAAGCAACUACUGCAUGAAAGUUCGACAGCUUGGAUUCCGGCUGCAGGAAGAUAUAUCAGAGAGCUUAGGACUAGAGAAAGACUGUCUGAAAAACAUAUUAGGAGAACAAGGACAGCAUAUGGCCAUGAAUUAUUACCCAGCAUGUCCACAACCUGAGUUGACAUAUGGAUUGCCAGCACACACAGAUCCCAAUUCCCUCACCAUUCUUCUUCAAGAUUUGCAGGUUGCUGGGCUUCAAGUUCUUAAGGAUGGCAGGUGGUUGGCAAUAAAACCCCAUCCUAAUGCUUUUGUUAUUAACAUUGGUGAUCAAAUCCAGGCACUAAGCAAUGGAAAGUACAAGAGUGUUUGGCAUCGCGCGGUUGUUAAUGCUGAUAAACCAAGACUUUCAGUAGCUUCCUUCCUCUGCCCGAGCGAUGCUGCAAGUAUCAGUGCUCCGAAAGCACUCACAGACAGAGGAGAACGAUCCAUCUACCGAGAUUUCACUUAUGCCGAGUACUACAAGAAGUUCUGGAGCGGGAACUUGGACGAAGGACACUGCUUGGAACUAUUCAAGAACUAAGUUAUUGAUCAGUUGAUUCUUCGUUUCUUCAAACAUUUCCCUGUUUAGAGACUGUUGCUGGAACGGUCUCAGUUUUAGGUAUCUGUAGUUUCUUGUUUCAACUUUCGAGCACUAGUUUUUGUAUAUGGAAACAGUCGAAAUGCUUUUGUUGUCCGAGUACACCUCCUCGGCUGCUGCUACUUCGCUGUUGAUUCUGUAAACAUGUUAAGGUGAUUUCAACUCUACCCGUUAUACA